UCCCACCAUACUCAAUAUCUUUUGCUAUUGCAACUAAAAGAUAAAAGAUGACCAUGGGAAGAGGCAUUGCAAUGGUUGCACUGGCCCUAUCAUUAUGCUUGCUUCUUCACUGUGAGAUGGCUCAUGCAGCCACCUACACGGUUGGGGAUGCAAAUGGUUGGACCUUUAACACUCUGAGUUGGCCUAAAGGGAAGCGCUUCAGGGCCGGUGAUACACUUGUUUUCAACUACAGCCCUGGAACUCACAAUGUGGUGGCUGUGGAUAAAGCUGGGUACAACACAUGCAACACCCCAAAAGGUGCCAGAGUGUAUAAUUCAGGAAGUGAUCAAAUCAAGCUUGUCAAGGGACAAAACUACUUCAUCUGCAAUUUUGCUGGUCACUGCGAGUCUGGCACCAAAAUUGCCAUCAAUGCUGUCUGA